AUGAAUCAAAUUUGGCCCAGUCUGCAUGAUGUGUUCACACAAAAACGUCGUAAUUUAAGAAGAGGUACUGAAAUUCAACCUUCAACGCCAUCACCACUUCGUCGAAAAGUGUUACGUUCGAGAUUUAAUCGUGCUGGCUUAAAUAUCGAAUCGUUAUACUGUUCAUCAAAAACUGUGCAGCAGCAAACAACAACAACGAAUGAAUCAACACAAGAUGGCUCAAACACAACUGAUCAACAAGAAGGAGCGGGAGGCAAAUAA